UAGCGUCCUUUCGGCCCCAGGGGCGUGCGCAGGCAGUCGCGGGACUAGGCCGGUUGCGCGCGCAGAAGGCUAAGGUUCGGGGGGUCAAGAUGGCCGCGGCCGUGUUCCGGGCUGCGCUGCGGGGCUGUAGAGUCGGCGUCCAGCCGGGCUGCGCGCUACGGCGGCUGAGCCAGACCCAGGGGCCUCCUAAUUACCCCAACUUCGUGGAGUCUGUGGAUGAAUACCAGUUUGUGGAGCGCCUGUUACCCCCCACCAGCAUCCCCAAACCCCCAAAGCAUGAACAUUAUCCUACUCCUAGUGGCUGGCAGCCCCCCAGAGACCCCCCACCCAACCUGCCUUACUUUGUGCGGCGCUCUCGGAUGCACAACAUCCCUGUCUAUACGGACAUCACACAUGGCAACCGCCAGAUGACUGUGAUCCGGAAGGUGGAGGGAGACAUUUGGGCCCUGCAGAAGGAUGUGGAAGAUUUUCUGAGCCCACUGCUGGGGAAGACACCUAUCACCCAGGUCAAUGAGGUGACAGGUACCCUGCGGAUCAAGGGCUACUUUGAUCAGCAACUAAAAGCCUGGCUUCUAGAGAAGGGCUUCUGAGGCCCAGCUGAGCAGCCUGCAUGACAGCAUCCCCCACAGACUGGAGCCCUGGGGAUCUCAGGAGCAGGGAGACCAGGGCUAAGGGCUUGGGCAGGGUAGAGUGAGGGCUAAAGGGCAAAGCAUGCCUUGCGUGCAUACAGGGGAAAACAGGAGCAUCUGCACAGGUGCCAGCACUGGGGGAGUGCCAUCUUAUAUUGGAGACCUACUAGGAACAGCCCAGCUAGUAGGGGGCAUUAGUUGCUGUACCCCUUGCCCCUGAUUUUGGUCUGUUCCUGCUUUUUCUUCAUUGGAUCAGUUAUUUAAAUUCUGGAGGUUGUUGAGUGCCUCUCUGGUGGAGGCAGUAGCCCAACCAAGUUUAGCGGAGGGGAGCACAGGACAGAUCCAUUGGGCACCCUCCUUCCUUGGCCCUCAGACUCAGUGCUGCAAACAUUUCCAAGCCCUUGCUCUAGGCCAGACCUGGCUUGGUGGAGGCAGUGUGCCCAUGUCAGCCCAUGAGCUCAUUCUUUCUACUCACGGUGAGGUGAAGGCCCACUCCCCUCUGCUCUAUUCCAGACUGGAGUUGGGCCUGAUUGGGUUUCUAGCUCCAGUAAUCUAAGUGAUUAGCUGUAGCCAGUCUGCCCACAAGGGGGUGCUUGGGAGCUUCUAGCAGCCCAGCACAGGGCCAUGCUUCCCAGCUUGCUGACCUGGUAUCAAGGCUGAAUAGGGAGUUUGCAGGCCGGAAAAUGCUGGCCUUUUGCCCCUGCCAUCUCAUCCCACCCCCAGCCAAUGAACCUUCACACUUGUUCUGUCACAAGGGCCAAAGGCCUGAGUUUCCACCUCACCCCAGCAUCAGACUGGAUAAGGCGGGAUUCAGAACCUGGCUCCCCUACUUGGUCUCUGACUAAAGCACGGUACUUAAUCUUUUGGGGGGCUCGGUUUUUUCAUAUGUAAUAUGGGUAUAUCUUACAAAUAGUUUAAUAACAAUGUGCCCAAGGACAGUGCUAGCUAGUAUAAAUAAACCUUCACUCCUGGAGAUUCCAGGCUAUUCUCAUUUCUACAGCCUGAGCAAGAAAAUGGAUCCCAGUUCACUGAUGUUAUGAUACCAGCUCUACCAAUUGUUAAUGCAAGUUUUUAUUUGGCUGUAUAUACAAUUUAAGCUAUUAAAAUUUGUACAAUAUUUACAAAUUAAAUAAUCAUCUGAAA